AUGAAAAUUUUUAUUACUCUUAAUUCUGAACAACAUGAAAUCUAAUUGUAAGAAUCAACUAUAGAAGCAUUGAUUAUUGCUAUCUAAAAUUAAUUUAAUGUAAAAUCUUUAAUUUUAAAUAUUAGAUAGCUUUUAAUUUUGAAUUACUUACAACUGACAAUCAGACAUUAACUGAAAUUUAAGAAGGAAUGUCAAUUAUAGUCUAAAAAGUAGAAAAAGAAAAGGAAAAUUUAAAGAAAUUUAAAUCUUUCUUUUCAAUUGCAGGUUCAAUUAUUAAAUCAAAAACAAUAAGCCAUAAAUUCUCUUUUGAAAAAUUAAAUCCAAUAUAAAAAUAGAAAUCUUAGAUAAAAAAUUCAGAUUGUAGUAUAUAAACUCCUGAACACUAAGCUUAAUUAAUAAAUGCCAAUAAUUAAUCGGUAAAUGAAUAAAAUAUUUAAAAAUGUGAAUUAUCUGGAAUUCUAUAAUAAGAUUCAGCUAUGGUUGUAGAUGAAAAAUAAUCUGAUAGAUAAUUAUUAAAUGAAUUACAAGAAGAACCAGAAAAAAAAUUGCAUAAUUCUUAGGAAUAAAUAAAGAGACCAAGAAAUAAUCCAAUUAAAUAAUAGUCAUAAACUACGAAAGAUUAAGCAUUUAAUUAUGCAGAAGAAAUAGUAAAUAUUCCUAGACCUAAUAAAAGAUAAUAAAUCUUAUAGAGAAUGGAAGAAGAUAGAGCAGAAAAAGAAAGAAUAUCAAAAUAAUAAUAAGAAGCUAAUAGAGUAAUUAGAUAGAUAUAAGAAAAGAUUAAAUAAAAAGAAUUAUUAUUAAAAUAAAAAGAGGAAGCAUUAUAGAUGCCAGAAUUAGAAAAACGAAAAGUAUUUAUUUUUAAUAUUAAGGCUGUUCUAGCUUAAAAAAGAGAAUUGAGUCAGCCAAUAAAAUUAAGUGAAUUAACAGAACAUUAAAAGAAAUAUGAAGAAGAUAGAAAAAUAAAAGAAUAUGAGAGAGAACAUCAUAAAUAAGAAUAAGAAUUUGAAAUAAAAUAAAAAUCUUUAAAAUUUCCAAAAAGCUAAGCAUAAAUAAGAAUUGAAGAAGAAUCAAAGAUGCAAAAAUUGAUAAGAGAAUAAGAAAUGGAAUAAAAGAAAUUGGCAAGAUUAAAAUAAUUAAAAUAUGCUGAUGUUGCUUAAGAGAUAUAUUUUAAAGAACAUCCUGUAAAACCUAAAUAAUCUUCACCUCCUAAAGAAGAAUAAUCUAAAUAUAUAAAAGAAAUUCAAAUAACAGAAUAAAAUCUAAGAAAAAUUAAACGUUUUAUACCUAAUUAAAGACAUUUAAGUCAUGAUUCAAAAGAUUCAAUCAAUGAUUAAAGUAAUCAUUAAGAAAAUAGACCACCUAAACCAAUUGCUAAAAAAUUAUAAAAAAUUGUAGAUAAACCUCCUGAACUUCCACCAAAACCUAAAACAACUGAUUAUCUCUAAUAAUUGAGAUAGUAAAGAAAAGUUUAGGUUAAUAUUGAGGAUUAAUGGGAAAAGUAAAUAUAAAAAUUAUAUAAGAAUCAUUGAAAAUAAAGGUUUAGAAAAUGAAUAGAAAGUAUAAAAUGUUUUAAAUAAUGUAUAAAAAUUAGAGUAAAAAGCAAAAGAAAGAGAAAAAUUAGCAUUAUUAAAUAGAGAUGUUUAAGCUGAAGAAGAGGCAAAUAAUUUAUAUAUUGCCAGUAUUAAAGCUAAAUUAGCAAUUCUGGAGAAAAAUUGA